AUCACGUUUCAGACGAAAACUUGCGGGAUAAAGUCUGUGGAAGGACCAUCAAUGGAAAGAACGAUGGCAGAGGCAGCAGUUGAAACGCCUGCUGUCCGCUUUUUCUGCCACAAAUGCAAUCAGGAGAUUAACCCCGUCUUGCCAGAAUACAUCUGCCCCCGAUGCCAGUCCGGUUUCAUCGAAGAAGUGGCGCAGGGCCCGGCUGAGCCUUCUAUAGAGGAUUCAGACGAUGACCUAGACCAUGCUGCACAAUUCAGAGAGCUGUGGAACAACACGAUAAUGGACGUGCUGCGGCGGCUGGACCGGGCCCCCGGGGAAGAGGGCGGCGUCCAGCUGCUCCACGACGCGCCGUCAUCGUCCGCCUCUGACGUGCUCCUGCGCCAGCGGGGGCCGCCUUCGCGCACAGCGGGCCGGGUGGGACGCAGGCCGCACCCGGACAACCAGGCCAGGCAGCCGCUCGAGGGGAUUAUUCACCAAAUCUUUGCAAAUCUGACGGGGGCCGGUGGUCUUAUCUCUGGCCAGGGUCUUCCAGUGUUUGUGAACCUCCACGGCAACCCCGGGGACUAUGCCUGGGGCCGGGGAGGGCUGGAUGCUGUCAUCACACAGUUGCUGAAUCAGCUGGACGGAACGGGGCCACCCCCACUUCCUCGAGAAAAGAUAGACCAAAUACCCACCGUCAAAAUUGUCCAAGAGCAAGUCGACAAGUCCCUGCAGUGCACGGUGUGCAUGGAGGAGUUCCGUGUUGGAGACCAGGUCAAGAGGCUGUCCUGCCUCCACCACUUCCACCCAGACUGCAUCGUGCCUUGGCUCGAGCUGCAUGGCACCUGCCCCAUCUGCCGCAAGCUGCUGAGCGACGAAGCCAACGCGGAGGACCCCGCGUCGGCGGGGGGCUCCCACCGGUCCCCGCAGAGGCCCCAGUCCCCGGGGGCCCGCUCGGACCGCAGCACCGCAGACCCCCUGGCCGCCUUCCUGCGCAUGCGGGGCGCCGCCACGGGGGGCCCGCGAGGCCAGCCCGGGGCCGGCCGGACGUCCGGCCGCCAGCCGCACCAGCCGCCUCACCAACAGCCACCCCAGCAGCAGCAGCAGCCGCAACAGCAGCCACAGUCGCAGCCGCAGCAGGGCCCCUCAAACCGAGGCGCGGCCAGGCGGCCGUCCCUAGCGGGCGCCUCGUCGUCGACGUCGACGUCGCGGCACGCGAGCCACCCUGGCAACCAGUACUCGGUGUACGACUUCAACGACGAGUGCGAUUGACCGAUUUGGCACCCCCCUCUCCACAAGCUCGUCCCCCUCUCCCCCGGCCCCUGUACAGGACUGCGGGCCCGGGAGAGAGAAUGGCCGCGCGCGCUCCCCGCGGGCCGAGGGCUCCGCGGAAGAAAUGCCGUCAGCGCCCGCCGCAAAGGUAGUGGCGGUUGGCGUUGGCUCGCCGGCGGAGGAGUGUUGUUGCCGGGACAGAGAAACCGACGACGGUGCGCUUCCAACACGCGCAGUGUGUGGUGGCCCUUUUGCCGGCGGCACGGGCAUCCUCAAGGGAAGCGCGGCGCGAAAUUGCGGCCGGUUCGGGGCUCGGCCGAGCAGCCGACGGACCCGCAGCUUCGCUCUAGGUACACCAUGUGCAACGAGUCCAGUUAAUAAAAGGGAAAUGAACUGA